AUGCAGCCCAGCGCCAACAUGAUCCACCCCGAAGGCCCCGUGGUCAUCUCCAUCCCGGAGAGUGCAAAGAUCCACAUCGUCGGCAAGACAAACGCAGACUUCCGCCAAAGGGUCACCGUCGAGGAGAUUGGCAAAGACAAGUACAUAUUCGAAGGCAGCGGUGAAGGCAAGCCCAUGACCCUUGCGGGAGGAAACGAGAGCGUCGACCUUGAGCCUAUCAAGGGCACUGGAUUCCGCACAUGGAAAAUCGACUUCCAGAACUCCAGUUCCGGCGCAGAGGACUCCUUUAGAAUGUCGAAAGUGCUGCGUCCAGUCUACAACACCGUUUACGAUGAGAACUACAAGGUUCGAAAAAUGGAGUGGGAGAUUGCGAGUGAAGAUAACAUUGAUGAUGAUUACAACGAUGCGAUCAUCACUGUCAGCGCCGACAUUUGA